UAAAAGGAUAAGGAGGAAGGGAGAGCCGCAUAAACCUGAGAAUAGAGAGAGGGAGAAGAUUCUGGCCGCAGGAGAACUUCCGGUGCGUUGGCCUUCUUGUGCGACUCAUAUCUCGAGUUCUACUCAUCCAAAAGCGACGUGGGAGGUGUCUACCGAAAGAGCUUGAACAGAGGAAUCCAUAGGCGUGCGGUUUCAAGAAAACGGAUCAGUUUAAGGCUUCCAAAUUAUCCGAACAGAACGCAACCUCGCAGAAUACGUUUUUGGUAUUGAAAGUUGAGGCUAGAGCUUGCUACAUGUGCUUGUUGAUCGGGAAAUCAUCUCGGAGGGAAGACUUGAAAUGGACGGUGGUGGCAAGGUUACAAGAAGGAACCUGACGGGCCGUGCACCGGUGGGGUCCGGGAAGGGAAGCCGUGGCGCCUCUAGAGUGUCUAGGGGGGCGAGCCAUGGAGGCCGGUCGCACACUGUGAGCGACUGUCAUGUUGACACCGAGGAUGAAACCUACUGGUCCUAUGGGGACUCGACUUACCAGCCGGAGACCGAGCCGGUUGAGACCCCUUACGAAGGGGAUGAUGAUGAUGAUAUAAGUGAUGAAGAUGUGGAGAAUGACUCCCUAGCAGGAAUUGAGGCGCUGCUCGAGCAAUACCAGCGGGAGCGCGAAGAGAGGAGGGAACGCCGAAGGCGCCGAGGAGGGAAAACUUCGAGUGUGGCUUCAAGAGGAAGAAGCCAUGGUGACUCUAGGGCCCACAUUGAACCACAUGGGGGCCGGGGUGAUGGAGGUCCAAUCAUAAGGAUCUCAAAAUUUCUCAAGGAGGCGAGAGACUUGGGGUGCAAACCUUUCCACGGAACAGGUGACAUCUCGGUCGCCGCUGAAUGGAUCAAGAGGUUGAACGAAGCAGCCCUUGAUAUGCAACUCACCCCCGAGUUUAAGCUAAGUGUGGCGGUGAGAUUGCUUGAAGGGAUGACGUCCACAUGGUGGGACGGAGCCAAAGGCAAGUAUGGCAGGACCGUGACUUGGCAGAAUUUCCGACAGGAGUUCUUUGCCCAAUACUGUUCUGAUUUUGAGGUGAACUCUAAGAGGAGAGAGUACACCCUCCUGACCCAAGGUGGCAAAAUGACGGUGAGGCAACUUGAACACAAAUUCAGGGAGCUCGCCGAGUUCAUACCAGAGUAUGUUUGGGAAAAGAACCGAAUGGUUAACCACUUCUGGGAUGCCCUGGAUUUGGAAAUAUGCGAGAGGGAAACACAAUUGCCCAACAUGACCUUCAGCCAAGUAGUUGAGUAGGGGUUGAACGGAGAGAAGGAAUGGGAAGAAAGAAAGAUGAAAAAUGCCGAAGAGGCGAAGAAGAGAAAGUGGGAGAACCAUGGACCUCAAGGUCCUAACAAAAAGGGGAAUCAUGGAGGACGAGGAUCGUUUCGGGCACCCCCACUACCACCUAGGGGAAGCCAAGGUCCGAGCGGGCAAUCACAAGCCUCGGGAGCGACUCGUUGCAGAAAUUGCAAGAGGAACCACAUGGGAAAAUGUCGUGACCCUCCUAGAUGCUACCAAUGCGGGAACACCGGGCACAUAAAGAUGAAUUGCCCACAACUGGGUGGAGCAAGAGCAUCGGGACCAAGUAGUGGUACUACCGGGACAAGUAAUCAAGUAGGGGUUUCCCAAGCGUCCAGGGGGAAAGGGGGAGCAAGCGCGAGCAACGCGCCGUCCGUGAAUCAAGGAAGGGCACAAGCUAGAGUCUAUGCGGUGACAGAGGCAGAUGCUCAGGCUAACCCGGAUUCCGUUGCAGGUUGAUGCUAGAGUUUGCUACCUGUGCUUGUUGAUCGGGCAAUCAUCUCGGAGGGAAGACUUGGUUGUGCGGUAAAGUUAAUUGGCUAUUCGAGCAGGGGCCAGUGAAUUGGGAUUCUCACAAGUAAAGUGAGUGGUCCAGGCACGAGGAGUUUGCUAUGAUCAAUAGUAAGAAGUGAAGGCUCGGAAGAAGACCUCUUUCACUCUUUGCAGGAAGUUAUUGUACAGAUCUUUUUUAUUUUUUAUAAUAACAACUCAUUAGUUGGUCGGUGAGGUAACCAUGCCAAUGGUCUUUUAGAUUUUAUAGUUGUGAUAUGAGGGCAUUCAAAUUACAUUUCCUCAUGGGAUGUAGUUUUCCUAAAUGUUUAGAUAUUUCUUUCACAAAUGUAAUAUAAGUACUUGCUUUUGACGUGUUUUUUAUUAUACUAA